AUGGGAGACAAGAAUAAAGUUCUGAGACACUGGGGAAAUUUUGUUUGUAAUAUUCGUGAAUAUUUUCACGGAUUCUAUCUAUCUAUCUAUCUAUCUAUCUAUCUAUCUAUCUAUCUAUCUAUCUAUCUAUCUAUCUCAUUCUUAAAUCUAUCUAUCUAUAUAUCUAUCUCAUUCGUAAAUCUAUCUAUCUAUCUAUCUAUCUAUCUAUCUAUCUAUCUAUCUAUCUAUCUAUCUAUCUAUCUAUCUAUCUCAUUCGUAGAUUUUUGUAGAGAGCACAAUGCCACUGCUUCAUCUGACAUUUUUAUUUUUCCCGCGUAUUUCUCCCACGAUCUCUUUCAGAGUUACUUUCCACCCGUUCCAAUCUUUCCUACAUAUACUGUUAAAACAGUAUCUAUCUAUCCAUCUAUCUAUCUAUCUAUCUAUCUAUCUAUCUAUCUCACUCUUUCUUUCUUUUCUUUCCUUAUUUCUGUUGAUAAUCUAUCUAUCUAUCUAUCUAUCUAUCUAUCUCAAUCACUCUCUUUCUUUCCUUAUUUUUCAACCACUGGCGCCUGUCCACUGGAGUCGAUCUUCCAUUAUGGUCGACAACCCACCGAGAUAAACACAUUACUUUCGCUGAUGUCCGAAGCCAUCUCGUCCGCUAUCAAGACCGUGCUUUUCAUGUUCGUGUCGACACGAGUGUGGGAAAUGUCGUUCUUGGAUUCAUUUACACGCCCAGAGACUACUUUCUUUAUAGUCUGUACAUUAUCUAUCUAUCUAUCUAUCUAUCUAUCUAUCUAUCUAUCUAUCUAUCUAUCUGUGGGCAUAUAA